CGUGUUUGUCUCUCGCCGCCAUUUUGUAUGGAGAGAAAGUCGUGAACAACGUGGCUAGGUGAUCGUUUUUUCAUUUAUUAAAUUAAUACUUAUUAAGGUAAUCAGAAUAUUUAGUUUUGAAUUUUCUAAGAACAAUUAAUUAGAAAAAUGUCUGUGGCCGCAGCCAGACCUUUGAUUAGUGUAUAUUCGGAUAAGAAUGAACCGUCGGGAUCAUCAAUUUCGCUCCCUGCCGUAUUCAAGGCUCCGAUUAGACCGGAUAUCGUCAAUUUCGUCCAUAUGAAUAUGGCAAAAAAUAGACGACAUCCUUAUGCAGUUUCUAAAGCCGCUGGACAUCAAACAUCUGCCGAAUCUUGGGGAACUGGAAGAGCAGUAGCAAGAAUUCCACGUGUUCGUGGUGGAGGAACUCAUCGCUCUGGUCAAGGUGCUUUCGGAAAUAUGUGUAGAGGUGGAAGAAUGUUCGCCCCUACCAAGACAUGGAGACGCUGGCACCGCAAAAUCAACGUUAACCAACGCCGCUAUGCCAUAUGCUCUGCCAUUGCCGCUACUGGCGUCCCCUCUUUAGUUAUGUCGAAAGGCCAUAAAAUUGAAGAGAUAAGCGAAGUCCCGUUGGUUGUAAGUGAUAAGAUUCAAGAAUACACCAAGACAAAGCAGGCAGUUCAGUUCUUAAGAAGAAUGAAAGUAUGGGCUGAUAUCCAGAAAGUCUAUCAGUCUAAGAGAUUUAGAGCCGGUAAGGGAAAGAUGAGAAAUCGUCGUCGCAUACAACGUCUCGGUCCGGUGGUGGUCUAUAGCAAGGAUAGCGGAUUAGUUCGAGCUUUCAGAAAUAUACCUGGAAUCGAGACCAUCAAUGUUGAGAAGCUCAAUCUUUUGCGAAUUGCUCCGGGUGGGCACGUCGGUCGUUUCAUCAUCUGGACUGAAAGUGCCUUUCGUAAAUUGGAUUCCCUUUACGGAACAUGGAGAAAAAAAUCUUUGAAGAAGAAGAAUUACAAUCUUCCGAUGCCGAAGAUGUCUAACACCGAUUUGUCCAGAUUGUUGAAGAGUGAAGAAAUUCGUAAAGCUAUUCGUCCUGCGGUUCAUAAGGUAGAAAGAAGGAAGUUGAAGAAAAAUCCUCUGAAAAAUAUUAGAGUUAUGUUGAAGUUGAAUCCUUAUGCAGCAGUUACAAAGCGUAAUGCUGCUUUAUUGGCACUUAAAAGAAAGAAAGAGAGAGAAGAAAUUAAGAUGAAGAAUCGAGGUUUACCAGUAGAAAAAGAGGAGAAAAAGGAAAAGACACCAUCAAAAGCAACUAAAGCCUCUAAACCAAAAAAAGCUAAAGCACCAAAACCACCAGCUGAGGCUCCCAAAUAAUUUGUCAUAUUUAAUGACCUCACUAUGUAAUGGUGUGUGAGGAAAAAAUAAAAAUGAUUUGAUUGGAAA